CGCGUAGGUACACACCAUGUGACCGAUCUCAUCUCCUUCAAGUUCUCAACAGUUCUAGUGAUGCAUUAAAGUCUUCUCCUACUCCCCAUAACCUUACUUCUCUUUUAGAAAUGGACGACUUAUAAAUCCCUUCCUCUCUCUCUCUCUCUCUCUCUCUCUCUCCUAUUAUAAUUCUGGAUCCACUCCGAUCCUGUUAGUUCAUCGAUCUUGAAGGCAAUAUCCCUAGAUUUCACAAAUGGCUCCACAAUUGUACUUCAGUCGCAGAAAGGUACUCUUAUCUUAUCUUGCUCUGUUUCUCUUUAGUACUACUCUUCUCUUCUGUGCCUGCUCAGAAUCUCAGCUUCAAAGCAAAAACUUCCAUGUUAGAAGAAGGAUGUUAGAAGUAGAAAAAGAUGACCAGCCGAAGAAGAAGACUACCAGCCUAUCCACCAAGAACCAGACCAAGCUUAUCAAGCCUAGCCUUUCCUCAAAAAACCAAACCAAACUCUUCAAACCCAGUUUGUCCGGCAAAAACCAGACCAAGCUCGCCAAACCCAGUUUGUCUUUGUCCAGUAACCAAACCAAGCUCACCAAAGCUUCAAAUUCUACUAAAUCAGCAUCCAGUCUUUUUUCUAAGAUACAGCUCAAGAAGCUCAAUUCCACUUCCAAGAUCAAAAAGCUCAAUUCCACAUCGAAACCCGCAGAUCUACUCAAACUAAGCGCAGUACCCAAGAACAGAACAACAAAAACCACCUCCACCAAAGACACUCAAACCCAUCUAGACAAGAAGCCCCAUGAGCUUGAAUCCGGAAAAGCAAGCAAGAACCAGAUGGCAGAUAAAAAACCCAACCAACAGAAGACAAAGAAACAACCACAGCCCAGCUGGAUUGACCAGGAAGGUGAUCAAGAUGAUUUUGGUUCAGGGCUCACAGAUUUAGCAGAUUUACCCAACAAGUUCCAAAAAACUUUGAUUCCGGACCUUGAGAAGUUCUCAAGCAGCUCCAAAGCCUACCUCAACAAAGCCAACAAAGAAAUCACAAAGGGAUUCAAACCCAUUGUCGGCAACAAAUACGCACCCACCAUCGCUACUGCAAUUUCUUGUGCUUUCAUAUUCAUCCCUUUUCUUUUAGUCUCUCUCAUUUUCAAUAGGAUUAAAGCUUAUUUCUCGCUCCAAAAGCUCUUGAUCUUCAUCCAAAUAUACCUCUGCAUCUACUUCUCCAUUCUUUGCCUCUCCUCCCUGGUCACGGGGCUCGAGCCCCUGAGGUUUUUCUACUCUACUUCGCAGUCCACGUACGUUUGUCUACAGGUUCUACAGACGCUUGGAUACGUGUUGUAUCUCUUGCUGCUCUUGAUGUAUCUGAUCCUCGUCUUCUCGACCGAAUGUGGGCUGGGCUCGAAGUUGCUGGGCCUGGCCCAGAUCUUCGUCGGCUUCGCGAUUGGGCUGCACUACUACAUGGCGGUGUUUCACAGAAUGGUAUUGCACCAACCGCCACAGACCAAUUGGAAGGUUCACGGGGCAUAUGCCACGUGUUUCCUCGUCAUUUGUCUGUUCGCUACUGCUGACAGAAGAAAGAAAUCCUACAUGGAAGAUGGUGGGGAGGAGGGCAAGAAGAACUAGUGUAUUUCUCAAUCCUAUAUCUUAUUUUAUUCUGUUACUAGGCAGGUUUAAUUGCCUUUAAUUUCCACCAUAAUUUGUAGUGGCACAAAUAAUAAUACCAUUGGCCAAGCCACCAUGGUGUUAUUAACUUAUAUCUUAUUACUUUUAGGCAUGGACAAGAAAGUGGAUCCAUUUAGCUCCUUCAUUUUGUAUUAUUUCUGUAUUGGUAUUUUAUUAUCCACAAUAAAGCUCAAGCCCACAAUUUGUUUUCAUUA